AUGUCAAGAGGUAGAACGGCUCAUUCUAGAUUUCACAUCCCCAUAAAUUUAGAUGAGAGUUCUAUGUGUCACAUAAGGCUCGAUGGUGAUGUAGCUUAUCUGCUUAAACAAACUAGGUUGAUUAUAUGGGACGAAGCACCCAUGGUACAUAGACAUGCGUUUGAAGCUUUAGAUAGAACAUUAAAAGAUAUUUUUGUCGAUAAAAGCAAGUGUCAGUCGGAUGUUUUGUUUGGAGGUAAGGUUAUCGUUUUUGGUGGUGAUUUUAGACAAAUUCUUCCUGUUAUUCCAAACGGAAGUAGGCAAGAAAUUGUUAACGCUUCGUUGAGUUCAUCCUAUAUAUGGCCCCAUUGCAAGUUACUUACUUUGACCAAAAACAUGAGAUUGACUGUUGGUGUUUUACCAUCUACAGUCGAGUCGACAAAGAGAUUUGCCGAAUGGCUUCUUGAUAUUGGCGAGGGUAAAGUUGGAGGGGACAAUGAUGGUGUAGCAACUGUAGAAAUACCAUCUGAUUUGUUAAUCACAGAUUGUUUGGAUCCCAUCGAAAGUUUAAUUCAAUUUGUAUAUCCAUCUGUUCUUGAAAGAUAUAAGGAUCGAGAUUAUUUUUCUGAAAGGGCGAUUCUGACACCAAAAAACGAGGUGGUACAUGAAAUAAAUGAUCGACUACUAGAAUUGUUUCCUGGUGAACUAACAGAGUACCUGAGUUCUGAUAGUAUAUGUGCGACGGAGAAAGGUAUCGAUUCAUUCCAACAAGAGUUGUAUUCUCCUGAUGUCCUUAAUGGUUUAAAGAUAUCUGGUUUACCUAAUCAUCGUUUGGUUUUAAAACCUGGAGUUCCAAUUAUGCUUCUUAGGAACAUUGAUCAGCAAAAUGGUUUGUGUAAUGGUAUAAGGUUACAGGUUACAUUUCUUGGAAAGAGGGUUAUAGAAGCUGAAAUUAUAUCAGGUGCUAAUGUCGGAACCAGAACAUUCAUACCAAGAAUUAGCAUGAUUCCCUCCGACAAAAAAAUUCCUUUUGCUUUUCAAAGACGACAGUUUCCUGUUGCUGUGUGCUUUGCUAUGACGAUCAACAAGAGUCAAGGCCAAUCUUUAUCUAAGGUUGGAUUGUUUUUAAAAGAGCCCGUUUUUACACAUGGCCAGCUAUAUGUAGCAUUAUCAAGAGUUAAAUCAAGGGAAGGUGUGAAGAUGUUAAUUCUUGAUAAGGAUGGCAAACCUACCAACACAACAACUAAUGUGGUUUACAAAGAAGUGUUCACACACUUAUGA